AAAAACAGACACAGUCACAACCACGCGCUGCGUUGUAUCGUCGUAUCGUAAUCGCUAAGUGAGACAAUAUUGAAGUAUUUUGGUUAUAGCCGCGGUUCCACAUCGUUUGGCGGUCAGUUUGUUAGCGGAUUUUGAGACGAGAGCAUCUCUCCAGCUCGAGCAUGAUUUGUCAACUGGUUAUCGUCGCGUGCAGUUUGCUGUUAGCCCCGAUCGCAGCCAAUCCUCUUGCCCCCAAGGCUGUUGCCACGGAACUCAUCAUAUUGCACAACAAUGAUAUGCACGCGAGGUUCGACCAGACGAAUGUGAACGGCGGAACUUGCACUCAGGAGGAUGCAAAUACGGAUAAAUGUUACGGCGGGUUUGCACGUGUUGCCCACGAGGUGCGCAAAUACCGCGAAGAGGCGAAAAAGGGAGGAACUCCAGUUCUUUAUUUGAAUGCGGGUGAUACCUACACUGGAACAGCCUGGUUCACCGUCUUCAAGGACAAUAUUACCAGCGCUUUCCUUAACAAACUGCAGCCAGAUGCCAUUUCGCUUGGAAACCACGAAUUUGAUAAGAAUGUUGAGGGCCUUAUACCAUUCCUCAAUGCUGUGGAUUUUCCUGUAUUGGUAUGCAAUUUUAAUUUGACAAAUGAACCUGAAUUGGCAGCCACCAAAUCACUGUCGAAUUCCACCAUUCUCGAAGUGAGUGGAGUGAAAGUUGGUGUCAUUGGUUACCUUACUCCGGACACUAAGAAUCUCUCCUUUCAAAACAAUGUGGAGUACAAGGAGGAAAUCGUAUCCAUCAAUGCCGAAGCGAAGAAGCUGAAGGAUCAGGGUAUCAAGAUUAUUAUUGCCCUGGGUCACUCGGGAUACCAAAAGGAUCAGGAGAUAGCUAGGGACUGCCCAGAAGUGGACAUUGUUAUUGGUGGUCACUCUCACACUUUUCUGGACUCAAGUCAACCUGUUGCCGAUAAGGACGACACGAACCCUGAAGCUGUUCGAGGACCCUAUCCCACCAUGGUGGUGCAGCCGAGCGGAAAGAAAGUGCCGGUGGUACAGGCUUACGCUUACACUAAAUACUUGGGAAAACUACAUGUCCAGUUCGAUGCAGAAGGAAAUUUAAUUGAGUUUGACGGAUCACCUAUUUUACUGAAUGCUUCGAUUGCCCAGGAACAAGAUCUGUUGGACUUACUUGAUGUAUACCGUCCUAAUAUCACGGCUCUGGAGCAAACGAUCGUUGGUUACACCAAGGUUACCCUUGAGGGAGGAAACAUAUGUCGCAUGAGAGAGUGCAAUCUCGGUAAUCUUGUUGCCGAUUCCAUGGUUCACACUCGCGUAUUAGAAGAUAAGAGCGGUAAUUUCUGGACUGACGCUCCAAUUGCUUUGAUUCAGGGAGGCGGUAUACGUGCCUCGAUUGAUAAGAAUUCCAAUGGUUCGAUUACGGGCAGUGACAUUCUCACAGUCCUGCCCUUUGAGAAUAGUCUCUACAUUACGCGCAUUUCCGGCAAAACAUUGCGAAACGCUUUGGAACGGUCGGCUUCCAUACGGAACCAGGACUCGAAUGGUGGUUUCCUGCAGUUUGCUGGUAUUCGUGUGGAGUACGACUAUGACAUGGAGGAAGGACACCGUGUAGUCUCCGCUCUAGUGCGAUGUGCCGAGUGCAAUGUUCCUUCAUACAGCCAUCUUAAUGAAUCGGCGUACUACAAGGUGAUUGUUAACAAUUUUCUUCUGAAUGGAGGCGAUGGCUAUAACCUAAAAGAUGAGCAAGAGCCGUACUCUGAGCUCCUCGAGAAAAAUGAUCAAUUUGCCUUGGGCCAGUAUUUGAAGGCACGUCACUACGUCUAUCCUGAAAACGAGGGUCGUAUUGUCAUCAGGGGACCUUCCGAUGGUGCGGGAAGCAUUAUCGGUUCCAUUGCUUUAAUACUGGUUUCCUCUUUGAUCACUCGUUUUUUUAACUAAUCUUAAGUGUAUCUACAGCUUUAGUGCCAAUUUAUAAAACAGUAUACGAGAGUUGUAAAUUUAUAACGUAAUAUAUACAAUAAAUACUGACUUGUCUGAUUGUCGUGAUAGACUAACAGCCUGAAAUAGUAUUGUUAUAUUUAGCGAUCUAAAGAUAUACACAAGUUUAAGAUUGUACAUUUAUAUUUGCAUUUGUAGCUUCAAAUGAGACAUGUGAAUGCUUACAGACAUUUAUGCAGUUGAGCUUAUCAUGAUACCAGAUAAUAAUCAUAUAAAUUUGGAUUGGGUGUAAUCGCUCAAUAAAAAUCAUAAACUAAUCAUAAAAAAGAAAUUUUAACGUAAGAUGCCAUUUAUUUGAUUUAUAAAAGUUAAUAUUGAAAUAGCUGAUCGCACAUAACAUAGUUGAUAAAUGAAACAUUGUUAAGCAAUUGCAAUAACAAGCUUAAAAGC